AUGGACAUGAUAUUCACAAGCCUCGAUGAUUGUUAUUCAAUGUAUGUUACGUAUGCCAAGACUUGUGGUUUUUCAGUCAGGAAAGGGACUGAAAAGAUAAACGCCAAAGGUGUAAGACAUAUUAAGUAUUACAUGUUCACGAGAGCUGAGGUAUAUAAGGACAAGAAGGUUGAUACGUUGGACCCCAAUAAAAAAGAACGGUUAGUGCAAUCCAACUUUUCAAAGAGGACUGAUUGUGGUGCACUGUUAUGUGCAAUUUCUGAGGCUGGAUCAUGGAAGGUCUAUAAGUUUGUUGAGGAGCACAACCAUGAUCUUGUUGAACGUCCUGAUAAGCAUUUUCUUCCAACUGAACGACACCUCACUCAGCUCCAGAAGCAUGUUAUACACAACAUGUCUAAGUUGAAUUUGGGUCCAGUUAAGGCGUUUAAUGUAAUGAAGACUUAUUUUGGCGUUUUUGAAGACGUGGGUGCAAGUGAAGUUGAAUUUGAGAACUACAAGAGAUAUGCUAUGGUGUUUGUACCGUUCACUGGUAUAGACAAUCACCACUGCAAUGUUACAUUUGGUGCUGCAUUAUUGUCGUCAGAAACUGCUGAUACGUAUAUUUGGUUGUUGAGAGUUUUUCUAAAAGUUGUUGGUUCUCAACCAAAAGUUGUUGUCACUGACCAAGAUCCAGCAAUAAAGAAGGCUAUUUCUGCUAUAUACGGCGUUCUGUACCUCGUUACUGUUUUUCAUAUUGGUGUUAGGCUAUGCAAUUCCACCAAUUUCAAAGAACGUAUUUGUGGUGUUGUGUGGACGGAUAUUCUUACACCCGAAGAGUUUGAAUCAGAAUGGGAAGUGGUUAUCAGAGAGUUCAAUUUAGAAGAUAAUGACUGGCUAUCUGAUAUUUUUACACUAAGGGAAUCUUGGACACCUACAUACUAUAGAAUGGAAGAGCUGUCGAGCCUUAUGCGAACGACAUCGAGGUCGGAGAGUGAGAAUCAUUUUUUGGUCAAGUGUGCAAUUCAAAAGCUACUCUGGUUGAGUUCAUGA